CAACGAAGAACACGUAUACUCGUAAAAACACUUAUUGCAUCAUGAAAAUUGUCGGAGAUAUAUACGUCGACUUUUUUUAUCACAUUUGACAGUUGUUUGACAGUUCGAGCAAUUCCAGCCACAAUGUUUCAUAAAAGAAAUAAGACCGCAAAAUGUCUGCACCUCCAGAUCCUAAAUUUUUAUUGCGCGGUGAUAUGGAUGAAAAUGUACACAGUUUGCUAUUUUGGAUUGAUUCUGAUGUAGAACAUCUCUAUGCUGGUGAUGGAAAAGGCACAGUUCAUAUUUGGGAUUUGAAAACAAACAGGAUGAAAAAGCAAUUAUCGGACGGAGACAGUCCAUGUUUUAACUUACACAGAACUAAUCAAUCUGAUUUAAUAGUUCAACGAAGACACGGUGUAGUCGAUAUAUAUAAAGCAAAUGAAUCCAAUUGGAUAUUAAAUAAGAGCAUUGAUUAUAAAUAUUGCAGUUUUUGCAGAUCUCAAUUGUUAUCUGAGAAGAAUGCGAUAUUAGUCCCACUUGAUUCUUCAGUGGUAGGAAUAUUAUCACUAAAAACAUUUAAUAUUGAAUCAACAUUAGAUCCAUCUAAAUUAUCUUACAAUGACAAAUUGGGUACAAUAAUGGCGAUGAAACCAUUGGAUAUAAGUGAUUUAAUUCUGGUCGCUUAUGAAGGUGGGCAAUUAUUGUUGUGGGACAUGAAAAAGAAUGAUGUUCUCAGCUCUCUCACUGUGGAACAAUAUCCAAUGACCUUUGAUUUUGAUGUUUCUUUGAUGCAAGGCAUCCUUGGUAGUGCAUCAGAAAAGUUGGAGAUUUUUAAAAUAUUGCCAAAUCAUACAUUAUCUCACAAAUCUACAAUAAUAUUGGAGCAUGUAUCUGGAGUAUCUGUUCUUUCUAUAAGACCGGAUAAAAAGAUUGUCACAGCUGGUUGUUGGGAUGGAUGUAUCAGAUUGUUCUCUUGGAAAAAAUUACGGCCACUUGCGAUAUUAAGAGAACAUAAAGAGAAUAUAUAUGAUAUUGUUUAUUCGCAACGUGAAGUAGAGGCAUAUGAUACCAAGUGUUUAAUGGCAGCUACUGGCAAAGAUGGCUGUAUAUCGAUGUGGGACAUAUAUAAUUAGUUCGUAUACAGUGAGUCCCGGCUCGGACAAAAUAUCCACUAUGGUUGCAUGUUCAAAUACAUCUGCCAAUUCUGAUGCAUUCAUUCUCACAAAACAAUCAAUCGAUUGAUCGUACAAUGCUGCAGAUGCCCGCUUUGCAGCCAAUAAU